UGACUCUUGUUGGAAUGGACCUGUUGGAUAAAAGGACCAUUUUAGAGUCUCGAGUGAUACAUCGUGGCUAGUGCACUGGGGACCGACCUGUGAGCCGAUACAAAUAGGGAAUAGGCCAACUAUCGAAGACACCAUGACAGGUAAACAAGGAGCUGCGGUGCUAUCGGAAACGUUGAAUAUAUCCAAAACGUCCUCUAUCGGUGCUAACGGAGGGAAUAACAGCCUGCACAAACAAUCAAAGAACAGCGCCACGCACCCUCCCAGAUGCACGGGAUUCGGGAUACAGGAGAUUUUAGGGCUGAAUAAAGAGCCUUCGGCGGCCCCGAGGAGCGCCUUGCAAUCACUGCCAGUUGGGGCGCAUCUGCUUGCCGCCAGGUCAAUGCUUGGCCCCACUGGUGUAGGAGUUGGGAUGGGAUUAAUUGGGCCUGGAGGGAUUCCAUUCUACAGGCAACCAGCGUUUUUGGAGGUCCUGCAAGAUGCGCAAAACGUUCACCUGCAGCCCCACAACAGAACUGUGGGACCUCUGGACCACAGCCAGUCCGCCAGUUCGGACUCAGAAGAUUUGUCAUCAAGUGAACGAAAACUCUCAAAGAACUCAUUAAGCCAGAGCAAGAAACGGAAGAAAAGAAGGCACCGAACCAUAUUCACAUCUUACCAGCUUGAGGAGUUGGAGAAGGCCUUUAAUGAAGCCCACUACCCUGAUGUGUAUGCAAGAGAGAUGCUGGCUAUGAAAACAGAGCUUCCAGAGGACAGAAUACAGGUCUGGUUCCAGAACCGCAGGGCCAAAUGGAGGAAGAGGGAGAAGUGCUGGGGUCGCAGCAGUGUGAUGGCAGAGUAUGGGCUGUAUGGAGCUAUGGUCCGUCACUCUAUCCCCCUACCGGAUUCCAUCCUCAAGUCUGCCAAGGAUGGCAUCAUGGACUCCUGUGCCCCAUGGCUGCUUGUUCAAGAUGGCUUUCCAAUCAGCAGACGCUUUUCUAAAUCCGAAUACCCACAAUUCUUUACAGGGAUGCACAAAAAGUCCAUGGAGACCACGGUCGUCCAGCCAACAGGGAAGUCCGACGUUCCCCAGCAGCCAGCCAUUCAGAGGGCAGAAGAGUGCGACGUGGAGGAGAAGAGGGCGGAGGGCAAGUCACCGAUUUCCAAAGAGGAACUGAGGGAGAACAGCAUCGCAGCACUCAGGGCAAAAGCACAGGAGCACAGUGCCAAGGUGCUCGGGACUGUUACAUGCGAGAGACCAGAGAGCAAAGUGGAGAGACAGGCGACAGAGGAAAAAUCUAGUGGCCCUUUGAGUCCAGUGGAAGAGCCCAAGAGUCCAUAGACCCUCACUUUGUACAGACUUUGCAGUGCCCUUGACUGUGCUCUAAACAUCUGUAUGGAUUCAACUAGAUCGAUCAGUAUUACAGUGUUCUCUGAGAGGUUUUUACAUGUUGAACGUCCUAGAUCUCUAUUAUACUGUUCUAAAAUGACCUGCUUUAUACUGGUCUUCCUAUUGGAAAGAUGAAAUAACUACAUUUGUAUUUUAUUGACUAAGAAAAACCCCAAUGCACUUUCUGUCUUUCUUACUCCCUGACAUUCAUACAAAUAUUGAUGCUUACAUAGUGUUGAAAAUUGUUUAAUAUGGGGUUAGCAGUCCAUACAGAUGUAUAUUGCUGACAACCCCUAUAACUAGAAGACACUUUACAAAUGUCUAUCAUUGAAUAUUCUUAAACUACUCAUUCAGUAUGCAAAGUGCAUACUUGUGUUUGUUAGAAUUAACCAUUUAGGACAUUUGUUGAUAUAUAUGUUUGUUGAUAUAUAAGUAGCAAUCUCUGAAACUAUACUGUACUGUAUAUUGAAUUCACAGCAUCCAUAGUGUUGAUGCUGACUGUGUUUCUUGUAUAGUCGCUCCCCUGAAGACUUUGGGAUGAUGAUGUAAGAAAGGGAAAACAUUAUUCCACUAAUUUGGAACACACAAUGAUGAAAAAGUUGUCUUACGUUGUUCUUAUGCUGUAUAUAAUGGAGCUAGAAAAGGCUCACAAAGGCUCUGUUAAAAUAUACUUUCAUGUAGUCUUAAAAUGUUUUGUGUUUUUGUUUCAUAGUCUGUAUAAUAUGCAAUACAAAGUAUUAAAACAUUUUUUUUAAUGAG